UUUCGCACUACACCUCUCGUUGAUAUUCGGCUGCUCUCCUGAAGCUUUUUAGUUUCAGGGUUUUGUCGCCCAGCCUUCCUCUCUUUCUCUCUCAAUUCUUUAAACAAUUAUGGGAGGCAGUCCAGCUCCAUUUUCAGACAUUGGCAAGAAAGCGAAAGACCUUCUUACCAAGGACUACAACUUCGACCAAAAGUUUACCCUGUCUGUGGUUGGCUCUAGUGGGCUGGGACUUACAGCUAAUGGUUUGAAGAAAGACCAGAUUUUUGUUGGUGAUAUAAAUACCCUAUACAAGAGCAGAAACACCACCGUGGAUGUUAAAGUUGAUACAUAUUCUAAUGUGUCUACCAAAAUUACUCAAACUGAUAUCUUGCCAAAGACCAAAGUAGCAUGUAGCUUCAAAAUCCCUGAUCACAAAUCUGGCAAGCUGGAUGUGAAGUACCUUCAUCCCCAUGCAGCUAUUGAUUCCAGCAUAGGCCUUAACCCGGCCCCUCUUUUAGAGUUAUCAGCAACGAUUGGAAGUAAGGAUCUUAGUUUGGGUGGUGAAAUUGGAUUUGACACAGCAUCUUCUUUGUUGACCAAAUACAAUGCUGGGAUCAGCUUCAACAAGCCAGAUUACUCUGCGGCCCUUCUGCUGACUGACAAGGGCCAGACUUUGAAGGCAACUUACAUUCAUGCUGUAGAUUCUACCAGUGGCACUACAGUUGCUGCCGAACUUACCCAUAAAUUUUCUACGUUGGAGAAUAGCUUAACGUUUGGAAGUUCCCAUUCAAUUGAUCCACAUACUGUGGUGAAAACACGCUUCUCUGACAGUGGAAAGACUGCCUUAUUAUGGCAGCGUGAAUGGAGACCGAAGUCACUAAUUACUUUCUCGGGAGAGUAUGACUCAAAGGCGAGUAGUGCAGCCCCAAAAUUUGGUCUUGCCCUUGCGCUCAAGCCUUGAUAUGUGCAACAACUGGCUUGAUAGUGUUCUGCACUUGAUACGUUUGAUCUUGUUACAUUUCCCACCCCAAAGGCGAGGGUAUCGGUUUUAGCCAAAUUAGUGGAAGAACUAAAAUUUGGUGUAGUGAUAAAUGUUCUACAGCAUUGUUGGGUAAAUUGGACCCAAUUUUGGAAAAUUUUAUAUUCAUAACAUUCAUUGUCUCACAGUUUCACAAUAACAAUCUGCUUUGCAGUGUAUUUUACUUAAUAAA